CACCCUCAGUCAGUGGCUGAACGUCACGGGCGUCAGUGUGUUUUUAGCUCCCCAACGCGCGUCAUUACGCGGCAUUUUGAAAAAAGCGAACAUUAAAAAAAUAUUCCCAAAAAAUUAACAAUUCAGUGCUAUUUUUCUGUGAGUGCGUGUGUGAAUAAACAAGAGAUUUUUCUAGUUUGAAGUGGAUGAUUAUUACCGUGGAUUUGUAUAGUGUUGUGUCGUUUCAGAUGUUGGAUUUUUAAUGUAAAAGAUUACAGGAUUACCCAAGUAAUGAACGUUUUGUUUCGUGAUUACGUAGCUAAAGAUACGACACAUCAGCGAGUCCUUUUAAAAACCGAAGAACAAUUAAUCAUUUUAUAAAAACAGUGACUAAAUAUAGAAAAUGGAAUUCCCUUCGGAACGGUUCAGUGUAAAAAUAGACUGUUCAUAUAGGGGAAAGCGAAGCUUCCGUUAAAAUGUGAAUGUCUAUAUUAAAACCCGGAUUUCCUUGUUAUGUUAGCAUAUGGAUAAUUUUGUGUAGUGUGAUUAUCAUGCAGUUGAAAUAUAGUUUUAGAAUAAGACUAACGAGUAGGGGAGUGUCACAAUUAUUUCUGUUGCUACGGACUCAAAGUUUCGUGAUAUUUGCGAUGUGUACAGUGUUUUUUGGAGUGUGUGGUGGUUAUCAGGAGCAAAAGUUUGCUAUGGAGCCUCAGGAUCAGACAGCAGUAGUGGGAUCUCGAGUGACGUUACCAUGCAGAGUAGAGAACAAGGCGGGCCAGCUGCAAUGGACGAAGGAUGACUUUGGACUCGGCCUACAUCGAGAACUGAGUGGCUAUGACCGAUACAAGAUGAUCGGGAGCGAUGAAGAAGGCGACUAUUCCUUGGACAUCAGAGACGUGACACUAGAUGACGACGCGAAAUACCAGUGCCAAGUCAGCUCCGGGAUCAAAGGUGAACCGGCUAUUCGAUCGCGGUACGCACGACUCACCGUGUUGGUGCCCCCAGAGCCGCCGCGCAUCGUCGAAGGCAAUUUCUUUUCGACGAUAGAAGAUAGAAAUAUCAAAUUGGAAUGCGUGUCCAUUGGUGGAAAACCGCCGGCUGAGAUUACUUGGGUUGAUAGUAAUGCUGGUGUUUUGACGCAAGGCGUCACUUAUAGUGUGGAGCCCAUGCCUGAUGGGCAAAGGUUUACAGCUAGGUCAAUUAUAAAGAUGACUCCAAAACAGGAGCAUCACAACCAAACGUUUACGUGUCAAGCGCAGAACACCGCUGACAGAGCGUACCGAGCUGCUAGCAUACAAAUAGAGGUAAAAUAUGCUCCAAAAGUAAAGAUGUACAUCAAAUCUGGUGCCAAUGGGAAGAUCCCAGAAGGAGAUGAUGUAGUUAUAGCUUGCAAAGCCGAUGCGAACCCAUCCAAUCUGACUUAUAAGUGGUUUCUGAAUGAAAAACUUAUUGAAGGAAAUACUACUGAACUGAAAAUCUACAACAUCACAAGAAAGUACCAUGACGCGACCAUAAAAUGCGUGGUCUACAAUGACGUCGGCAAUAGCGAAGAAAUUGAGACACUCGAAAUAACCUAUGCCCCAACUUUCAAGAGUCUUCCAAAGGAUGUAGAAGCAGAAGUGGGUACCACAGUGACCCUCAGUUGUGAUGUCGAUGGAUAUCCACCUCCGGAGAUCAGAUGGCUUCAUCAUGAAGAGGAUCAGAUGAUUAGAGUGGGCAGAACAGCAAACCUGACUCUGACACUGGACACCCAUACUUCGGGUCGAUACCUGUGCAAGGCAAGCGUGGACGGAUACCCUGAAAUAGAGGCUGAAGCUUCAGUUUUUAUUAAAGGUCCUCCGAAGAUAAUUUCAAAUCAGACUCAGUUUGGGUCUCAGGGCGACACAGUGAACAUUGAAUGUGCAGCCUUCGCAGUGCCCAGGAUAGACAAUAUCAUCUGGACUUUUGAUGGGAAGGAGAUCGAUUCUAUACAUGAUCAGGACUACGCAUUUUUAGAAGAGUUACAAUCAGGAGGUGUAGUGAACUCCACGCUUAUCAUCAGAGAGAGCCAGUCUAAACAUUUCGGUGUCUACAAAUGUAAUGUCUCCAAUGACUAUGGCAGUGAUACCAUGGAAAUUAUAUUAAGGCCUAACAAAACAUUCCCGCUCCUCCUAAUCCUAUUCGGAGUGACAUCAGGCACAAUAAUGGUGGCAGCAGUGAUCAUGCUAGUGAUACUGUGUCAGAGAAAGCAGAGAAAGAACAAACAAACACAGGUAACAGAGAAGCCUGAUGUCACAGUGACGGCUGAAGAAUUGUACAAGGAAAACGACAGGAAUUCCAAUAUAAGUGAUCUGAAACUGGAACUGAGACAGGCAAAUGGCAGUUGUGAGAUUGACUACUCUAACACUGGAUCGGACAGCACAUUAUGUUCGAACGCCAAACUUGGUAGCGGGAUUCCGUUGGCAGGAACAGUGCCUCUAUCAUCCAUAAACCAGAACCAGAACACAUACCAGCCGUAUAGAUACAGCAAUGAUUAUACAGAUCCUGCGUACGCUGAUUGUUAUAAGGUAAACGGCUUUAACAACGGUUACCAAACUUAUGUACAUUAUGGCCACGACUAUACUCCUGGCUCUUUGAGGGUACAGUCACCGACUAUGAGCAGUGAAAAGCUGACACCUAACAGGUCUGUCAACGGUAGCUUACCACGCAGCGUGGAUACUCCAUCAACAGUCCAGUUUAACAACGGCAAUGGGUCUCAGAACAACUCACUGCAGAGAAAACAGAAGAGACAGGAUAGCAGUAACGCCUUGAAUAAUCUUGGACUGCCUACUCCUGAUGCGAGCCGGGUACCAAACGGUGGUAUCAUCCACGGUGUCGAUGUUCGGUACGCGGCUACCUACGGCAACCCCCACUUACGGACUGGGGGAGGUCUGGGGUUCGCUACCACGGUGAACACCGCUAAACCAGCAUCUACUCCAGCACCACCACCAUACUCCUCAGUCAGGAGUUCUGUGGUUUUACCUUCAGGUAACUCGUCACAUUCAAUAACGUCGCCGACCAGUCUGGCGUCGCCACAAUGUGCAACCAGCCCCAUUACCACCUCAACCAUGUCCACUGACAGUACGCAACCAGCGGUUGGGGUAGCGACCUCGUCGGCGACACCACAAUCGCCGAGUGCGCACUACAUACUAGCACCAUCGAAUAGGACUAUAAGUAAUGCGACUGUUACUAAAAAAGGUAACGGGCAUCAAACCCCUUUAGCAACCCACGUGUAAGUUAAAUUUAACAAUUUUUCUAUAAAGAAGACUUUUGAUGAAUUUACUACGCAAUGACUUUGUGUAAUAUAAAUAACUUAGUUUUUUUUUUAUUUAAUUAUUAAUUUAGAAGUAUUUUCUCAAAUCACUUCAGCGGUCAAAUUAAUGAAAUGUAAUCAAUUAUUAAACUUUUGUAAUAUAUAACAAUUUGAAUUUAAAUAUUUUUUGUAGAUUUAAUUUUAAAAUUGUAUACUAAAAAAAAUACAAAAAAUAUUUGAAUUGAAAUUGUGAGCCUCUACUGUCCUUGACGUUGUUUAGCUAGCAUAUUAGUGUUCAAAAUCUAGGUUUUAGAUCGUAACACUAGAUUACAACAAAAGAAAUCCUUGUCAUAACCGAAUUAGGCAAAGAUUGAUCGGUUUGUACCUAUCAAGAUGUUAAUUAUGCCUAUUGCGUGUAUUUUACCUUAAUAGGUGUUUUAUUAAACUGGAAAAAUGUAUAAUAUGAUGAAAUGACAUCAUUUUGAUUUAAGACAAAUAAUACUGUUUGUUUUGAUGACUAUUCAUAAAAAAAAGUAAUUUACCCUUUAACCGCCCAGUUAAAUAUCAAUUACCAUGCCACUAGCGCGUAGCUAAAAAUCUAAAAAAAUAUAUCUACACUAAAUAAAGAGGAGCAAUCAUGUGAAUAGAACGAAAAAAUCAUGCAUGUGCUCUGUCGCAGCAAUACGACAUGAGCGGCAGGGUCAAAUAUGUGACACAGGCGGUUAAAGGAUUAUAAUAUUGAGUAUUUAAAAUGCUGUUUUCUAGCUCUUUACUAUCGGACUGUAAGCAAAAUGUCAAAAAAUUAAAAUGAUGGUUCUUCAACAUUCAAAACUUUUAGUCAAUUCUUUGUAAGUUGUUAAACAAAAAAAAAAAUUGUAAAUUUUCGUCAAUUUCGUAUAACCCGACUGAGACUGGUCUUGUUACUAUUGUAUUAAAUUGUGUGUAUAAUAAUAUUAAAUUAAAUGUAUUCAAAUGUAACGGCUGCAUUUUUUGAGAGAAUGUAAUUUUUUCUGUUAUAGUUAUUGUUUCAUAAAUUUUUUUUUUUUGGGUAAAAUAUAUUUUAGCUUAAUAGCUAUUUUAAUAUUUUAAAUGUAUAAAAUAUCUCUCUCAAAGAAAACGUCUGUUACAUUUCCAUUAAAUCAUCGCCUUCUAGAUUCAUAAAAUUUUAUUUUUUUCUUGUAGAUAAAAAUCAAAGUCAAUUUUUAUAUAAAAAAGAACUUUUAGAAAUACAUGCGUAGUAAAUAGUUACUUUAUUUUUAUGUUAUAUUUUUCACAAUUAUAAAAUAAAAUGUAGUAUAAACGUUGGACAAAUAGUAGCUAUUCUAUAUUAUUUUACGUGACACCAUGUUUUUUUUUCAGAAAGUUACAUAUCAAAAUAAAUAAAGAUUCUUAUCACUUUCUGUCUCGUAGUUUGUUAUUUAGAAAUAAAUCUUAUAGUUAUGGAAUAAGCUUUAAUUUUGUCUAAAAUGUGCCAUUCUCAUAAUAUCUCAAACAUAUCUUUACAUAUAUUUUUUUAAUUUUUGCAAAAUAGCACAGUUCUUCCAUUAUUUUCUGUAGUGCAAUGUUAAUUUAUAUUUUAUGUAUAUUACUGGGCAUUUUUUAAAUACUUGUACUAUUUUAUUUUGCCCAGAUAAAAAAUAAUAGUAAUAUUAAUUAAAAUCAAUUAUCAAAUUAAAUAAUUACGGCUUAUCACAUGCUCAAUAAUCUAUAGGAAACGUUAAUAUUUCAUUUAAAUUUUUCAAUUCAAGACUGAUUAGACUAACCUACACCACACGCCUAGUUUUUCUAUUUCUACUCUUCGAAAAAUCAUUUUAAACUCAUGAAUUGUUUUUAGAAAUUUUACAUUGCAUUUAUUGUUAAAAAAAUAUAUACGAAAAUACAUUUUUAUUGCCUAAUAGAAUUUAUAUUUCACU